CCGUCCACACGGGGUUGCUGGUCCACGAGCGGUCCGUCGGGUCCGUGGUCGGACAUCGGAGGUUUUGAGCGGGUUGACGGCGGCAAUGGCCAGGAAUGGUAGCCGUUGGCCGACGGGGAGGAGCGCGGAGGGCCGAGCGUGGGCGGGUGGUUGCCCGUACUGGACCGUUGGGUCGCUUGCGAGAUGCGGAGUGGGACGUCGACGUGCGCAAGACGACAAACGGAGUCGCUUCGGCCAGCGCGGGGCUGCAACGGUCGAUUUUCAAAAGGAAGGCAGGCAUGUUUGUCAUCUUCUGUGCUGGUUGUCGGCAUAUGAAGGUCGAGCGCCUCUGUCCCAGGCAUGUCGGAACACACAUCUGCAGUGGUCACGUGCGAGAGCGGCUGCAGAGGUGAAUUUCAUGGCUGACGUGCAGAGGAGAUUGCCUCUGCUGGUACUCGUUGUCGUCGUCUUCCUGAUUGUCGUCUUCCUCCGCUUGUGUUUGUCGUGGCGGCCGUGGAAAAAACAACGCAAGAGGAGGGCUUCGAGGAGACGGGCGACAGGGGAACGUCUAAUGGCGGGCAUGCAGGCACGAGCGGCUACUGCUGCAGGUCAAGGAGGAGUUCGAACUUCCGCGGCAGAGCCUCGAAGGCGGUACGACCCGUCCAUGUACACCCAUCUGGAGUCGUGGGAGACGCCAUUGCCCCCGUCGGACGAGGAGCCGGAGAAGGAAGAACUUUCAACGUUGCCUCUCGCCAGCGGCUUGACUCAGUUGUGGUCGCGGACGGUGCGAGCAGGCGGGUCGGCUCCCGAAGAAGGGGGCAAGUUCACGUCAUUGCUGCAUCAAGGCUUGAGGGACGACGACGGCGAAGGAGUUGAUCUGAGGUUCGGGUUGUGUUCUGGCGGCAGCAGGGAGGCGAGCCGUACGUUCAUCAUCGACGGAGAUCGAUCGGCACGUGGCCUUGAACAUGGUGGAAGUCUGCAUACGGAGCAGUCCACACUUCGUCGCGCUGCACCCGUGACUGGCGCGGUCGGGCCAUCGCCAGCAAGACGACAACAUGGAUCGACUACUCCGUCCGUCGAUCGAUUGACACCGACCUGGCCCGCACCCACUGGGGUUGCAGCAGGGCCCCUGCGCAUGGGCGGUGCACGUUCGCCGAUGCCUGCGUGCACAACACCGAUCGAAUCCGAAGUGAGGGAACAGGGAACGUGCAGAGCGGCGGUACGUCCACGACCCGCUGUGGAGAACAUAACACGUGGAGUGUCCAACAUGUGGGCGCACAGCGAUGGCGGCGAAGACGACGGUGGAUUCGGUGAUGAUGCAGACGAAGGGAUGAGGGAAGACGUGGAAGUGGGGGACGACGACGACAACGUUGCUAUUCGGCCUUUGGGGAAGACGGGGUGGGAAGGGGAAAGGACGCGACAGAGUUACGGGCGGAUGAAGACGAAAGAGUGGAAGUGGGACGACAUGUCGAAGCGGAUGGCGAAUGCGGGGAGGCCGAAGGAUGCUAACGACUGCAUGAAGAAAUGGGACAAUCUGUUCCAUAACUACAAGAAAAUUCAGAGGUUUCAGAAUGCCAGCGGCCGGGCAGAUUUUUUCAGGCUGACAAACGAAGAGAGGAAGGAGCACAACUUCAAGUUCCGGAUGGACAGGGCGCUGUACAACGAGAUCCACGCAGGCAUGGUGGGGAACCACACGAUUUUCCCUCCCAAUGUCACCGACACCAGCAGUCCGGAGGGGGUGCAGCUGCCCAGGCGAGGAGCGGGUGGCGGGGAGUCUGUCUGUAGUGAGGCGGCAGGUGAAGGCUGCCCUGAAGAGCGUUCUUCUGUGAGGGAGUCUGACAACAACGUAGGCAGCGGGGCGGGAGGCGGGAAGCGGAAGAACGCACGUCAGCAGGCAUUGGAGUCCAUCUCUCAUGUCAUGGACCGCCAUUGCGCACUGAUGUCGUCGACGAUUGAAUCGUCUAGCAAGCGGCAAUGCAGCAUCUUCACGAGGCAAUGCGACAUAUUGGAGCAGGAAGUUGCCGUCCAAAAAGCGCACUAUGAGGCGUCCGAUGAGACGCAAAGGAUGAUGUGCCACGCACUGUUGGAGAUCGCUGCCGCCAUCCGUGGUCGGUCGGCCAUGUAGGCCGUUAGGUGCUGUGUUGAUCAAAGUUGGUUCUUUGUCGUCGUAAUAGAGUGUUUUUUUUUGUUCGGUUGUGAAUUCCAUGAUGUUGCCAUUGUCGGUAUUCGUGGAUGGCUGCCGCGGAAUCGAUGCCAUGUAGUCGACGGAGAAUUGGGGGCAGCGAGGCUGGACACACAAUCCCUUGGGCUGACACACGGUAAGCUAUUACAGACACUGCCUGCGCACCACCCAAGA